GUAAAGUACUGGGGUCCAAUUAAAAGAAGACAAUAACUAUGUGGGUCUCCUAAUAAAACCUUCACAAGUAGAGCAUCACAGUUAAAAUAUCUGACUUGUCAGCUCUCUCCCACCUGUCACGCAGAGAUAAUCUGAGAAUGGAAGAGUCACGAGAAUCUCCGGCGGAUCACGGCUUUUACAUGCCGGCGGAGUGGGAACCUCAUGCUCAAACCUGGAUCGGUUGGCCUGAACGGCAAGAUAACUGGCGUCACAACGCUUUACCUGCACAACGAGUGUUUGUAGAUGUUGCAAAGGCAAUCUCCAAGUUCGAACCUGUGACAGUCUGUGCAAGCUCGGCUCAGUGGGAAAAUGCAAGGAAACAGCUUCCAGAGGAGAUUAGAGUUGUUGAGAUGAGCAUGAAUGAUUCUUGGUUCCGCGACUCUGGACCAACUUUUGUUGUGCGGAAAGGACCAUCAAAGCUCAGUUCCCUUACCCGAAACAUCGCUGGAGUCGACUGGAAUUUCAAUGCCUGGGGAGGAGCUGAUGAUGGCUGCUAUAAUGAUUGGAGUCAUGACCUCCUAGUUUCUAAAAAGAUUCUCGCUGUUGAGCGGAUUCCAAGAUUUCAACACUCCAUGAUUCUUGAAGGAGGCAGCAUCCAUGUCGACGGUGAAGGUACCUGUCUUGCGACAGAAGAGUGUCUCUUGAACAAAAACCGGAACCCUCACAUGAGUAAAGAGCAGAUAGAGGAAGAACUCAAGAGAUACCUCGGAGUACAAACAAUCAUCUGGCUUCCUCGUGGUCUUUACGGUGAUGAUGACACAAACGGCCACAUUGAUAACAUGUGCUGCUUUGCUAAACCGGGAGUUGUGUUACUGUCUUGGACAGACGAUGAAACCGAUCCUCAAUACGAAAGAUCAGUGGAAGCUCUUUCGGUUUUCUCAAACUCCGUUGAUGCUCGUGGCAGGAAGAUUCAAGUCAUCAAGCUCCACGUCCCUGGACCGCUUUACAUGACCGAAGAAGAAUCUUCCGGAAUCAUUCAGGAAGGUGAAGCUAAAGCAAGGCUUGCAGGGACAAGACUAGCAGCAUCGUAUGUGAACUUCUACAUAGCUAACGGAGGAAUAAUCUUGCCGCAGUUCGGUGACGCUAAACGCGAUGAAGAAGCGAUCCGCGUCCUCUCAGAGACAUAUCCUCAUCACUCGGAAGGUUGUGGGGAUUGAGAAUGCAAGAGAGAUUGUUUUAGCUGGAGGAAACAUACAUUGCAUCACGCAGCAGCAGCCGGCGGAGCCUAUUUCCGUCGCCGUCAACGGCGAUUGACGGUGUUCGGGUUUUAUGAAUCCUGGCCGUUAGAUUUGGUUCAGGAGAGCAAACCGGUUCACCGUUGUAUUGUUUCUAAAACCGGAUCGGUUUAAUAUUAGUAAAAUCAUUUCUGUCGGUUUAAAUACCAAACGGGAAAUAAAUUUUAAUUAGACCCAAAAAGGUGAUGAUUGUCUUCUUGGUACCACGACUUUUUCUGGUUAAAUUUUAAAAUAUUUUGUAGUAA